UCCCGGGAGACGCGAGACGCUGAGCCCAGGGUCUGUUGCGUGGCGCACCGAGCCCCCAGGCCCCAUGGCGCAGAAACCGCUCAGCACCGCGGCGGCUGAACGCAUGAACCUUGUGGCUCAGGAUGAGAUCUGGAGAUACCGUCUGAAGGCUGAAUCAGAAGCACGGCAGAACUGGCCCCAGAACUGGGGGUUUUUAACAACCCCUUUUGAAGAGUUGAUCAAGGGUGAAGAAGAACUCCCCACCCCAAAGCCCAAAAUUGAGCUUCCUGAGCGUUUCCACAUCUGGCCGGUGACCCCAGUGGAGAAGUACAUCAAGUUAGAUGAAGACUUGGAAGUUAGUCUGUGUGCUCCCAAAGGCCUGGCUGGACAAACAGCAUUGAGGGCUGCUCCCCUUCUGAACAAUUCUGCCUGUAGCUGGUUCAAGGAAGCUUUGGCCCCUCUGGCGUUCAUUGAUGACCCACCCUACAUGUAGUCUUGCAGGAGACUAAUUUCAGGAGUUCAUCAAGAACAUGUGUUAAGCAGCUUCGUCCACCACCAGCAGCAGCCAGCCCACUCGGGGCCUUCUCCUCCUGCCACUGCCUCACCGGCAGGUUCCGCUAGUAAGAGUGAACUCAUAACCCCAAGCAUAUUAAACCUCUUCAUCUCAGUUCUGCUAGAACAAAUAUCCCGCACUGUUGCCUUUGUUCACACCCCCUUAUAAGAGCAGAACAGAUCAUUUCAAAAGAAGGGGAAAUCCUGCCUAAACAUUUACCCUCAUUUUCCAAGAAUGUCAAAUCUGUCCAAGGAACUGACAAAUGAAGUUGUGUUUUUUCACUCCAGAUAGAAGCCCAUUUUCCUUUUGGUUUUUAAAAUUAAAUUCAGUUGCUUUUCAUUCCUGUAAUCUCCAUGGUUUGCAGUGUGCGUGUAUGUACACAGACAUACUGUAGAGCCUUCUCAUCAAAACAGGGUGAGGUACACCUGCCACAAUGCCAUCUGACAAUAGUGCCAUGUAUUUUAUACAGGGCAGUGAGAACCAUAGCACUUGAUGUUUCUGCAUCUUAUCUUUUCUUUUUUUUUUUGCUUUCUGAAUGAUUU